UUUUUAUACUUUACCAACACUUCCAUUUUACGGUCACACACUACGGUUUUAACUUUUUGACAACCGAAAAUUUUGAUUUCUAAAUAAUUGUGCCAAUAUGCCCUUACCAAAAUAUAGUGGUAAACAUAUUGUUGGCGAUGAUAGCUCCGAUGAGAGUUCAUCAGUUUCUUCUCCCACUGGAUCUUUGGAGGAUAAUGGAGCAGUCUCCGAUGCGUCUAGUAACGACUCGUCCAGCGACGAGUCGUCUAGCGAAGGCUCGACAGACUCUGAAAGUACCAGCUCGGAGGAGUCGCCUUCAGUUAUUGAGUAUGAAAUGCCGAAUGUGGAACCGCCAGAGGAAGAUGCUCCCAUUAUGGUGCUGAACCCUUUUUUCCAGAUGCAGGGUGCCGCGAUGAAUGGCGAAACGGCUGGCCCAAUCUUGCCACAAAGCGGUCCAUUUGUAGAAGGCGAUCCACCCGGAUGUUCAAACACGGACAACAUCGAAGCUGUUCCAGACAGGCAGACAGACAACAUCGAAGCUGACAUGCAGAUGCAGGCAUACACCCAGACAGACAACAUCGAAGUUGUUCCAAAUACCCAGACAAUCUCUACACAAGUAUCGGAGACAGACUUUGAAAAUGAUUUGCCGCCCAUUCGUCGUCGACGCGCCAUCCCGGCCAGCUUCGAAGAUCCGGAAUCGAUUGGAGCACGUGUGUCCAAGCGUGGCAGAGGCAGCACUGCCUCAGGCGAAUUUAUGGAGCGGGCCAAACCGCUUCAGGUUACAAACUACUUUCAGGGGGUGUCUGCCCGUUUGGUAAGGGAGCGCGUGGGGCUGUUGCCCUUUCGAGAAUUCUGCCAUAUGGCUGAUCGAGGCUUAGAGAAGGCCGUCGCUCGUUCCAAGCAAGGCCAAGCAGAAGGCCCCAAGUAGUGCUCACACAUUGAGAAGACACACACUUUAAGAGUUGAUGGGUACAAUUUUAAAAUUUUUUAAUGUAACUUUAAUGUAAUAAACUAAAUACUUUGACA